AUGGCUGGGCAGGAGAGUUUUGCAGGCUGUGGCAUAGCUCAACCAAGUACUUAUUACUGGCACUGGCAAAGGGGGAAGCCCGUGUUCCAACCCUGCCUGGGUUACCAAUUGGGCAGCUGGUUUGAGCAGCAGCACAGCGGUUACUCCCUCUCUGGCUAUGACUACGGCUGUGCAGCAGAGAGAGAUGGACACAACCUUUCUGUGAGUGAGACCUCCGGACGCCCAGCUGCAAGUCUGGUCACACCUAAGGAAAGCACGGCUCUGGCAGAAAAGCAAGAUGAAAACGCACUGGAAGAUCCAGAUCUUCAUUUGAAUAUUGAAGAACUGAACAAGGGGUUUAUGGUGAAAAGUGAGGAACUCUAUGACUCUCUCAUGAGUUGCCACUGGCAGCCUUUGGAUACGGUUCAUUCUAAAAUCCCAGAUGAGACCCCCAAAGAAGCAUGA